ACCUUCCAUCACUUGUCUCGCAAUGAUGAUACCUCUGGCCCAAUGGACGUCGAAACCCGUACUUCUCUAUGUCUCGAAAACUCUUGCCACCAGACCUUCUUUCCUUCUAAAAUCACCAACAUGGUGUCCGGUCCGCUUUCAGGUAUUUCUAUUCCCACUUAUGGGCAAAUGGUCAGGGGACCUGGACAUCUGGUUUCCGGGCUAGUAGGAGGCACAGGUGCUCAUAGUGAUCUAGGUGGAUUACCCCAAACAAUCCAUCAGCAGUCACCAGCAAUACGAGCAAGCAGAAUUCUUCGCCGGAGUCAGCCAGCGGCGCGCAACGGUCGUCCCCCCGUCGUACAAUCCAGAGUUGAUAACUAA